AUACCAAAUAUAGCUCAAAGGACAGGAGCCUCUGUGGGUUUUUGUCUAAGCACUACGGGUUUAUAUUCCCGCAGUCAAAGACAGACUAACAUUUUUUAACUCCCCUAUGCCAUGAGAAUAGCACCGUGGCAAACCUCCUGCCGCCAGCAUUUAUCAGCAUGUAUGUAUACCGCUAUCAACACAGCCCAGAUUCCGCAUCUUGGAUUAUCUUGCCAGGCAUCACGAUCCUGGUUUGUAUAACUAUCACCAUAUGAUUGGUUGUUUUAUCCUGGUCGACCGAAGUCUACUACUAUCUCCGGGAAGUAUCCGAACGCAACCUUAAAAGCGGCACAUACUUCCUAUCUUUCUCUCCACCAAAUCCACACCCAAUACUCAAGCACAAUGAAAGCAUUUACCCCCAAAGCACCUUGGCUUCUCUAUGCCUAUCCAUGGCAGCCUUUCCCACGACGACUAGUCAUCUACCUCCGGGAAAGAAACAUCCCUUCAUCUCUGAUUACCCUAGUCCCGGUCUCGGACGUCCAAUUCGGCGACAAACCUCCACCGGGCUUCCCCCCAAGGCCUGUAGGGAGUCUCCCCAUUCUUGUAAUCCCACAGGCCGAUGGCGAGAAAUCUGUCUACAUCAAACAGUCGAUUGCAAUCAUGGAAUACAUCGAGGAGACGUGUCUUGCGGGGCGAUACGGGUUCCCCAAACUGCAACAGCAACCGUUUCUUCCGAUUAACACCUCAUUUGACGAUGAUCCCUCCCUCUAUAGAGCAAGGCACGGCGAGCUCCUAGCUCUCGCCGCCGGCCUGACGGAGAGCUGGAACCCCGUUCGUUCCUUUGGGUCAGGGGCAGGACCCAUGCGGGUCCCUGCUGCUGCCCGGGAAAUGCUCCGCUGGACACAGCGCAACAUCCUCAGCGUUGAGCGAUGGCUUGAUGAAAAUGAGUAUUGUGCUGAUGGGCUCAGACAUGGGGAAGGGGAGGGAGAACAGAGAAUGGCAACCAUUGCGGAGAUUAUUCUCUUCCAGUUUUUCGAUUUCACCAAGGAUUGCUAUGGGAUUGACAUGACGCAGUCUUCGGGUAGGACUACUACGGAUGUCUAUGGGAGAGAGACAGUGGAGGAAUAUCCCCGAUUGAAGAGCUUCUAUGAUGCCUUCAUGACCCGGCCAAGUGCACGCAGACAUGUCGAGCUUGGAGACGUCCCGCGGGAGGAAUGGGUCAAGGCCAUGACGGAUUGGUCGCCAGGUGUUUUCGAAUAGAGGGGAUCGGAAAUUCAAUGUGCACCAUACUCCCUUCUCUUGUUAAAGUAUAGCUGAGCCUGUUUGAUUCAGAACGUGUAUUUAUGC